AUGAGUAUCUCGAAACCUCCAAUCGAGUUCCUAGUUGGUCAACCUGACGUCUUCCUCCUCUUUCCCAUCGUCAGCUGUCAAACUCCACUCAUGGCCCAAAAUGAGACAAAUUCCCACGCUCGAAAAAGGAAAUUCUACCUGCCGAAGUCAAGCAUCGCCACGCGGAGAUGGAAAUUGGCCUAUUCGGUCAAAAUGUACAUACGUAUCACCCGCGAUUGUUAUCCUUUCCCUGGAACACUUCCUCUUCACCCGUUGAACAUUAUUUGUCAACAAGACCAAGGGCUCUGGAUCAAAGUCUCUAACAUGACACAAUAUCUUACUUUUGACCCGUACCACGACUUUCAAGAGGACGCUUCCACUCCAUCCCAAAAAAAGCGUUUGAAGAAAUCUAAUCACGUAUCCAUACCCUCUGUCAUCUUGAUUGGAAGAAAAUGGAAGCCAAACUUGACUGGCCAACAUGCAACACUCAUGACAUGGUACACUCCUGACCCAUGGCCCAUGAUUGAUGCUUUCCUGGAAUAUCCCAGUCUUGAAGGUGAUAGACGGGCAGAGGACCUCAGGGAUAAUAUCUGGAACAUGGCAUUGGCAAUAAGCCAUGGUGAACUCCCUCCUAGUCCGCAGGAGUGGUUUCCUCUAUAUGAAAGUGCUGUAGCCAAGACACUCUUACUGGACCAAUAUGCUGAUUGGCAGGUCACUGUCAAGAUGGAGUAUGAUGUCUAUGCUCCAAGUGAUCCCACAUACCAAAUAAUACGGAUGGAAGUCGCACGUUCUCGGGAAUUAAGUGGAUCUCCCCUUCUCCUUGGACUGACAUAUAACGACGGAGAGUAUACUCUCUUCACAAAUGCAGUAGAAAACAAUGCGGAAGCUGACAUUCUGCGGAUUUCUGGACUCAAAGGUUGGGCCUCACACUUACUUCCUACAGAACCAAGUGCUAGUGAUACAAGGCUACAAGCAAGGAUUUUUAGUGCAGCAGUUUGUUAUGAUGCCACUUUUGGCAAUGAGACACGAGGGGUGGUAUUCAUGUCUGCUGUUCAACAACAAGAUGCUUAUGAUAGUUGGAUUGUCACAAAUAUACGACUGAUGAUGAUGAAGCCGCAAUGGCGUGUCUCAAACAGUCUUAAAGGCAACAAAACCCCAGAAGAGAUCUCCUCAUCAAAGGCUGUAAACCCAUUGAAAAGUCAGUCGAACAAAGGAGCUGCAAGAAGUGAUCUUGAGGCCUGGGAAUUAGAUGAGCUCUGA